AUGGAAGACAGAUCGGGCUGGCCGCUUACAGAGCCAUCCGACCCAGCCACAGAGAUUUUUAAUCGUUUAUUCAAGCCCGAUGAAGACGACAUGAGAUGGAUUCAGGGUCACAUCGACAAACAUUUAAAAGCCUGCCGACGAUAUUUAAGAGCAAAUCCGCCUAGGACGAUAGAAGCGUUAGACGAAGCUAAUGAAGCAAGGAUGCUCGCAGUGGCAGAAGGAAUGGUGAAUAUCGAACCCAAGAUCAAAUUUUACAAGGCCGAGUGCUACAGGAGACUACGCAGAUGGAAGGACGCUUAUAGAAUGUACGAAGAAUGCGUCGUCGACGCAAAGGAUGUAUACUGGCUUGAGGCGAUGCGAAGAUUUUGUAAAACACAAAUGUUGAAACCACGCAAAGAUCCAUGGCUUAGACGGAUAGAAUGUUCUGAGAAUUUGCAGGAGGAGUAUAAACACGAUGGGAUAGACGAGAUGACUCCGUUUAGGCAAGGUUGGUGA